UACAAAGUCUGAAUUACAGAUGAGAAUAGUCAACUGUUUCUGUUUUCGUCUUCCGUUUGGCAUUUUUCCAUUCAAUCAAAUAAUUUCUUUACCCCUCCAUUCAUAAUUUCCUAUCUUCAUUCUUAGUUCAACAGAAGAUUUCUAUUCUUCUCUUUUGAUGCUUUAAUUACUCAGUUCACAGGUUUAAAUACAACUAUUCUUUGAAAGACAUGGGAGGAGUUUGUUCAGGAGGGACUACAAAGAAAAAUACAAAGUCUAUAGAGAAGGCUUCUAAGUUUUCUGGGAAGCAGAAGUUAGCCAAGGGCAGUGAACAGAAAGAGAAUCAUAAUUCAAAUGCCAAUGCAGAUGAUGUAGCGAAGAGGAGGCAGGGAUAUUCUUUUUGCGAGCUUCCAAUUCCAUUUUCCAGAGAAUUGCUGCCAUCAACACCUUCUAAGAUGGCUACUAAGGUUAACCAGAAGAACUCAUUUCUGGGACGAGCUGGCAUCAUGGGCCUGGAGAGGACAAUAGAUGUUCUAGACACUCUGGGAAGUAGCAUGUCAAAUUUGAAUGCCAGCAGUGGGUUUGUCUCUGGCAUGGCUUCUAGAGGGAGUAAAAUAUCUGUAUUGGCAUUUGAAGUAGCUAAUACAAUAUCCAAAGGUGCAAAAUUGUUCCAAUCUCUUUCAGAAAAAGACAUGCAGUUCUUGAAAAAAGAGAUAUUGCAUUCAGAAGGAGUACAACAACUAGUUUCCACAAAUAUGAAAGAGUUGCUAAGUAUUGCUGCUGCUGACAAGAGGGAGGAAUUGGAUGUUUUCUUGCAGGAAGUGAUCAGAUUUGGAAAUCUUUGUAAGGACCCACAAUGGCACAACCUGGAUCGAUAUUUUUCUAGUUUAGAUUCAGAGAAUAUAAACCAUAAACAGCUUAAAGUAGAGGCACAGAUGAGAAUGCAAGAGUUAACUACUCUGGCACAGCAUACCUCUGAAUUGUAUCAUGAGUUGAAUGCUUUGGACAGAUUCGAACAAGAUUACCGGCAAAAGCUUGAGGAAGUGGAUUCCUUAAACCUUCCUCGAAAAGGAGAGACUCUUAUGAUUCUACAAAGUGAGCUAAAACAGCAAAAAAAGCUUGUAAGGAGCUUGAAAAAGAAAUCUCUUUGGUCUAGAAAAUUGGAGGAGAUCAUGGAAAAGCUUGUUGACAGUGCCACUUUUAUGCAUCAAUCAAUCUUGGAAGCAUUUGGAGAUAACGGUAGGAAAAUGAUAAUUAACAAACCCAGUACAAUUAAUCAAAGACUCGGAGUAGCUGGACUUGCACUACACUAUGCUAACAUAAUCAAUCAGAUAGAUAAUAUCGCGUCUCGCUCUACACAUCUUCCUUCUAGUAUGAGGGAUACAUUAUAUCAUGGAUUGCCAACCAGUCUUAAGGCAACUCUGCGUUCACAGUUGCAGAUUAUUGAUGGGAGGGAAGAGCUCUCAGCUUGUCAAGUAAAAGGAGAAAUGGAAAAGGUCCUUCAGUGGCUAGUUCCGGUUGCCACUAAUACAACCAAAAUACACCAAGGUUUCGGCUGGGUUGGUGAAUGGGCAAACACUGGACAUGAGUUUGGCAAAAGUGCAACCACAAACAACAAUCCAAUUCGCCUGCAGACACUCUAUCAUGCAGACAAACAGAAGACAGAGAAAUACAUCCUUGAAUUGGUGAUAUGGCUUCACCGAUUGAUCAGCAUAUUAAGACAUAGAGAUCAUGGGUUCCAGCCUCUGCCUACUCGUUCCCCUUUCAACAAGGAAACGGCUUUACUCUCUAAAAUGCAGCGGAUUCGUUCUCUCAACAAUUUUGCUAAAACCCAGUGGAUUCAGAUUUCUCAAGAAGAAAGAAAUUUGCUAGACAAAGUCAAUGGGAGAAGAAUAAUUCCAGGAAUAAGUAAAAGUCAAGAAUUUGUUAUAGCCAACGAGCAGAGAAGUAAAGUUUUUGCAUUGAGCAGAAGCAUGGGAAACUCUCCUAACAGGGAAUUCGGAGUGAGACCCAACUUAGAUUUGGAUGUCGUGGAUGGGUUAAAUUCCAGGUUUUGAGCUUUUGUUCUUCGAUUAAAUCCAUUUGAG